GCAGAUAAGAAUCAUCAGAUCGAUAUCAGAACCUGAUUCAAUUAGAGUAGAUCGGCAAAGGACAAUAGCAGAUUUCAGAUCAAGGUUUGUCAUAUCUAGCAGGCCGGCUAUUAAGAAGAAGUGCCAGCUGGCAGUGAGCAGUCCAUCCACCAAUCAUAAUGGAGGGUUAUCUUCAACACUUGAGGUCUCUGCGGAUGCAGAUGAACGAUUAUGAAGAUAAGGCGGCGGAAAUCAGCGCAAGGCAACGAGAGGAGGAAACGACAAUUCGCUCGGCAGAAACCGAGCUGGAAAAGUUGAGACUUGAGAAGAGUCAUUGCUUGGAGAGAACUCGUGAGCUGGUGAACGAGCGAGGGGACAUUGCCAUAGCUGUACUGGAGGCCAAGAAGAGUUGUGACGCUUUGGAUAAUGAUUGCAGCUCCUUAACUGAGGCAUUGGAGCUCCUGCGGGACAGCUACGACAAGCACUACGAAGCAUAUACGAAAACCAGGGAGGAGUAUUCAGAGUUGUCCAAGAAGCUGUGGGCGAAUUUACACCAGCAUAAGACCCGUAGUGGGACGGGCACUAGCCCCUACACCCAGGAGCAACAAGAAAAGAUGGUCGCCUUAGUGAGAGAGAACAAAGAGAAGAAGGAGCUCUUGAAGCAGGCGAAGCUGAAAGCUAUCGCAGAGGAGCAGGCGGCAAAGAUGAAGAAACUGGAGGAGGAGAUGAAGAGAGUUCAGCAGGAGGAGGAAGAGAGGAGGAAGGCUGUCGAAGAGGAAGCAGCAACAGAAGAAGAAGAAAAAGAGAAAAAAUGUAUUGAAAGCAGAGAGGAGAGUAGUGGCACGAAGAAGGAUGAAGACGCAGAGAUGGAGAAGAAGAUUAGCGAGUGGGUAACUAACUUAUCGUUGGGGGAAGAUGAGGAGGCGGAGUUCUACGUGCCCCAGGACGAGAGGGAUGUGUUAGCCCAGGAGCUAGCAGCAAUGGAGGACCCCCUGGAAAGACAAGAAAGAGAGGAGGAGAAAAAGUUGGAGUGGAAAUUGAGAAUGAAGAGGGAAAAGAAGAGAAGGAGGGAUGAAGUUAAUAGGUUGACCGCAGAGGUGGCGAAGGUGAAAGAUUGUAGGCAGGAGGUGCAGGCUCAGGCAGACGCCUCGGCCAAAAUGGAUAAGGUGUUGGGGUACUUGGAGGUGUUGAGCGCAGCUUGGAUGGAGGAGCGCCAGGCCAAUAGAGCUCAAGAGGUAGCCCUGAAGGCCAUGCGGUCCGGCUUUCGGAAUUUUGCGCGCGAGAUGGUUACCCACGUUGGAGGGGAAGUCAGGCGGUUGAGAGACAACGUGGGGAAGUUCUGCGAGGGUGCCAUUGAGGGCGCCAAAGUAGUAGUCGCUGUUGAGGGCGAGGCCAGAUCCCACAAGGAACCAGUCAAACUCAAUUUUCUCGAUGCCUAUGGCGGGAAAUCUGAUGAGAACUUCGAUAACUAGGAGGCUAACGUAAACAGUUACGUUUACUUACAGCACAUC